ACUCCGUCGCCACUGCGAAGAUUGUCUCUGAUAAAAACUAUAAGAAUUUGAAUAAUCUCUCUUCGCCGGCGUAAAAUCGGAGAUCGGAGAGCAGAUUCGUAGAGGCUACAAGGUUCUUGAGUGUUCAAAAAUGUCGAAUCUCCCUCAAUCCAUCUCCAUGAAUGCUCCGUUUGGAGGUCCGGGUCCGUCCAUCCCCAGUGCCUCCGGAGCUCCACCCACCAAAGAGCGGAAAAUGGCUUUUUCGGAGCAGUUGGUGCUCGACCUCAGCAAUCCGGAUCUUCGGGAGAACGCUCUCCUCGAACUCUCCAAGAAGAGGGAAUUGUUUCAAGAUUUGGCCCCAUUGUUGUGGAACUCUUUUGGAACCAUUGCUGCCUUAUUGCAAGAGAUUGUAUCAAUAUAUCCUGUUCUUUCACCCCCAAAUCUUACCCCUGCGCAGUCAAAUAGAGUUUGCAAUGCUCUUGCUCUUCUUCAGUGUGUAGCUUCUCACCCAGAUACAAGGAUGUUGUUUCUCAACGCUCACAUACCAUUGUAUUUGUAUCCUUUUCUUAACACAACUAGCAAGUCAAGGCCUUUUGAGUACUUGCGGCUUACUAGCUUAGGUGUCAUUGGUGCAUUGGUGAAGCACCCAUUAAGACCGAUAUACCUAAGCCUAAGAGCAUACUUCUCACCUUCCCUAUCAUGUCUCAAGGCGCACAUGCAAGCACUGGUAGAUGAUACAGAAGUAAUAAGUUUUCUUCUGUCAACUGAAAUAAUUCCUUUAUGCCUGCGUACUAUGGAAAUGGGAAGCGAGUUGUCAAAAACAGUUGCAACAUUUAUUGUGCAGAAAAUUUUGCUGGAUGAUGUGGGGUUGGAUUAUAUUUGUACUACAGCUGAGCGAUUUUUUGCAGUUGGUCGAGUCCUAGGGAGUAUGGUUGGAGCUCUUGCUGAACAACCCUCCUCUCGUCUAUUGAAACACAUAAUUCGAUGCUAUCUUCGAUUGUCCGAUAAUCCAAAGGCUUGUGAUGCCUUAAGGAACUGUCUUCCAGACAUGUUGCGAGACACUACUUUCAAUAGCUGCCUUCGGGAGGAUCCAACCACAAGGAGGUGGCUGCAACAGUUGCUACACAAUGUAGGAAUGAGUAGGGUUCCAGCACUUCAGGCAGGAGCUGGAUUUGAUCAUAUGAUGGUGAACUAAACAACUGAAUUGAUGAUUAUGUAUGUUUCAAAUUUUAGUCUUGUUAUAUAGUCUCACAGUUUGCAGCAGUGUCAAAACUUAUUUUUUUCUCUGCUGCAUUUAUUUGUAAGCAUUUGAUUUUUUUUGUAAUUAGGGAUGUUUGUGUCUGAAAAAGAAAAUGCAUUUUGCUCGAAUGACCGAGGCUUUUCCGAGUAAAGGAAUUAUACAUGUUCAUAUCUACUGAUACGAAGUGCUUUUAGUUCCUCGGUUCGUUCGCUCAAAUAAUCAAAUUCAAAUGUCAAACACCAUUUGGAUUGCAUGUCCUUUUGGUGGGUAUCUUUAUCCCUUGAA